CAAUAUCAAUGUCAUGUUACUCAAAACCGCGUUUGAAAUAGUAUAAAAAUAUACAGUCCUCAUCAAACAGCAUCAUUCAAUCCCAUCUUCUAUCAAUAUGAAGUUCGCAGUUGCCUUCGCCGCCGUUUUGGCCGUCGCCGCGGCCCAAUUCUCCGAUUUCGACCCCUCCCGUGUGCAGUACGUCCGUCCUUCCCCUUCGCCAGUUCCGUACCGCGUCAGCACAGUCGCUCCCCAAUUGGCCAACAUCAACCGCGUAGUCGACAGUGACCGUAACGCUAACAUCCUUCGCUAUGAUAACGAUGUCGGCCCUGAUGGCAGCUACAGUUAUGCAUACGACACCAGCAACGGUAUCUCGGCUCAAGAGCAAGGAGUUCCUCGUGACUUCGGCGGUAACCCUCCAUUGAGGCCCGUGGUCGCACAGGGUUCCUUCGCUUACACCUCCCCUGAGGGAGUGCCAAUUGCCAUCUCUUACAUUGCUGACGAGAACGGAUUCCAACCCUCUGGUGACUCCAUCCCCACCCCUCCACCAAUUCCGGCUCACGUUCUGAGAUCUCUGGAAUACAUCAGACUGAACGCCCCAUCCGGAUCAGGACUGAAAUAAAUUAUUUAUUAAAAAACAAAAUAAAUUAAUUUUUUUACUGA